AAAAAAAAUGAAAAACUCGAAAUUAAGUCCACAGACCUCUCUCUCACCUCAUCACACACAGAGAGACAGAGGCCUCCAUUAUUGCGAUUAUCAUCACCAUUUUUCUUCAGCCCUCAUUCCUCGCCAUUUCUUACAAUGCAUCGAUAUAUGUAGCUCCUUUACAAUCCCCACACCUUUCUCUCUCACACCCUCUCUUCCUCUCUCUCUCUCUCACACCUUUUUCUCUUUGGCUGGAGAGGAAGAGAAACGGAGAAGAAUCACCGUCACCAGAUGGGAUCGGGUAUCAGCCGAACGGGCUCGAGCUCCCAUUCUCGGGCCGGCCCCCCCCGCCAAGUCCCUCGCCCCACCAUGAGGCGCUCUAUCUCCUCCGUCCUCAUCUGCGGCGCCUCCUCCUCCUCCUCGCCCACCGAGAUGGAAGAUUAUCCAGCUGAAUUACUGGUAAAUUCUGCAGAACAUGGUCGUAGAAAGAAGUUGAAAUUCCCAAGAAGAAAUUCUGAUUUGUCAGAGGGAAAUGGAGAUAACCUGAUCAGCAUCAAAAGUGAAAGUGCGGUCUCAUCUAGAAGACUUUUGGGUGCAUAUGAGAAUCCUAUUCUUGAAGUUGGUUCAAGCAAUGAUGAUCCUAGUGAUAGAGGGAAAUGGUUGUCUGAAAGUAGGGAGUUGGUUCCUUCUCGUCAAUCCAUUGACAGCUCAAGAUGUGAUGGAACUGCUAGUAGUUCCUAUGGAGGUCAACCAUCUCCGGUUUUGGUUUCUGAAAAUGAAAUGUCCAGUAUGGAUCGUAUGAAUGGCAUAAAUUGCAACAUGAAAGGUGAUGCAUCUCGAAUUGGUCAAGGGUUCUAUAACUCAAGCGGUGUAUAUCGUGAUGCUCUUAGAGAAUCUUUUUUGGAUGAAGUUUCAGUUGAAAAUAAUGUCUCUGAGGAAAUCGAUUACUCUAGUUCAGAUUUUGGUUCUUCUUUGGUUUCUGAUUCACCUUUGGACUUCCAUUUAUUGAGAGACAAUAUUCCUCAGGAGGCAACACCUCUGGAUUUGGGUUUUCUGGUAUCAGAAAGAGAACAGAAUAGACAAGAUGAUAAUCAACUUCAUGUCGACGUGGUGAGUACAUCAAAUAUUUUCCCUGCUAAUUCUGCUGAAAUAAUUAGCCGUGAGGCCAGAAGGAAUAGUAGAAGAUUAUUUUGGGAUGCGUUUUCAAGGCGCAGUUCUAGGAGGCAAUCAGAUUCCAGAACAUUUUUGUUUUCAUCUGCUGGUUCUGAUCGUUUGAGAUCUCCUGACAGACAGCUCCUUGAUUUUAGUGGUGGUUUUAUUGAUGAUGAGUUUGGAGGAGAUUUAGGUUCUCGUGGGAGUAGAUCUCCAGGCAGUAAUGAUCAGCAGUUGAACCCCAGACUUGAGCUCUGGGAUAGACUUGGUGGGACUCUUGAUUCAACCGAUUAUCCACCCCCAGCUUGUCCUCGAGGGGUACAUGCUGAUGGCUCAUGCUUGUGCCAAUCUAGUUCAUUAGCUGAGGAAUCUGGUCCACGCACCGGCAUUUCUCGAAUAGUUAUGCUAGCAGAAGCAUUAUUCGAGGUACUUGAUCAAAUUCAUCAACAGCCAAUGUCACUUUCCUUGUCAGUGGCCUCACUUCCUGCUCCAGAAUCAGUUGUUGAUUCUUUUCCAGUAAAGACGCAUGGGAAGUCAGAAAAAUUGGAAUCCAUAGACGACGUAUCACAGUGUUAUAUAUGCCUGGCCGAGUAUGAGGAAGGAGACAAAAUACGAGUUCUUCCAUGCCAUCAUGAGUAUCAUGUGUCCUGUGUGGACAAAUGGCUUAAAGAAAUACACGGGUAUGUAAACAUUGCAGGGUGUGGACAUAUGCGUCUGUUUUUGCAAGUCUACCCUGUUAUUUCCUGUUAUGUGUAUGUCUGCAUUUUUCAUGUGUAAUUCCUGAUUCCUCUCUGGUGCACCAGUGUGUGCCCACUCUGCAGGGGAGAUGUUAGUCUGGGUUCCACGGAGGGCUAAGAUUCGUUUGAGGUGGUUAGUUUUGUACAUAUUUAUUAGAUAUGAUGGUUCUUGAAAACCAAGUACCUUGAUGAAACAAUUUUCCAUUUAUACUCUCGGAUCCUUACUGAUCCAAUAGCAAAAUCAUGGUUUGUAGCGAAAUUAGUUAGUGAAAUGUACAUCAGAGCAAGGAAAGACGACAUAAUUGCCAAAACUUGUAUUGCGGAAAUCUGUCGUCGUCGUGUUAUUAACAUGCUUAGAUUAGGAGACCUCAAUUAUCCAAAAUAUGAGUAGAGCAUCCUUGGCCAAUGCUUUUGCUCAUUAUUUUCAGUCUUGCACUGGGAGUCUCAGUUUCCCAGUCAUGUAUGUCGGUAAUUCAUAGUAGAGAUUGUGACCAUUGUCUAGUUGCACCGUCUGUGAAAUCAUAUUAGAUCUAUCUAUUUUGCAA